AUGUUUAUCAAAGGAAAAGCGGGCAAUGAUGUCAUCAAUUGUGUUGGAUCGAUUGAUGAACCGCAAUUCUAUCGAAUAAAAUAUUCUGACCAAUCUGAACAUCGCUUUCGAUAUCGAAACUCCGAUAUAUGCGUUACACGUGAUCAAACCUGUGAUUGUCACGAAGACUGUCCAGAAAAUGACAAUGGAGAAACUGCAUGUGUAUGGAUCAAUAAUGGGCGAGCGACUUUCUGUAAUCGAAACAAUUUUCGAUGUCGUAAUGGCGAAAUUAUAACAGGUACUGCAUAG